CUCCAUCGUCUUGGACUAUUCCACCAAUUAUUUCCACUCUAAUUGAUUAACCUUCUGUCUGUCCAACACAUUCUUUAAUCAUGUUGGCCCGCGUCCCUCGAGCUUUCCCCUCCGCUGUUCGGCCAUCUCUCCGCACGACCCGGAUCGCUGCGCCCGUUGCGACCGUGUGUUACCAGCGCCAGUCGAACCCUUCCUCUGCUCGUCGAGGCUUCCAGUCAACGCCUUCGAUUAGGAAAGGAAUCUACCCGGACUCGGCUGACCCGCCGACGCCGCAGCCGCAGUCGCAUAAUGUCGCAGGCGCGAGCAGUCACGUCACCGAGCCGUCGCCGUUGACCGACGAGAGUUACCAUCAAUAUUCGGAGCAUUAUCUGGAUGUGCUGCAGAAUGAAGUGGAAAAGGCCCAGGAAGAAGGAUCGGACAUGGAGGCCGAAUACAGCGCCGGUGUUCUGAACAUCAUCGUCCCUGCCCUGGGAACCUAUGUCUUGAACAAGCAGCCCCCCAACAGGCAGAUCUGGCUCAGCUCCCCGAUCACGGGCCCGAAGCGCUUCGACUGGAUUGUCGAGGGUGAUCAGAUGCACGAGAAGCAGGAAUCCCGGCCCUAUAACAGCGGUCAAUGGAUCUACCUGCGUGAUGGAUCGAACCUCACGGAUAUUCUGAAUGGCGAGUUGCAGCUGAACAUCCCGAAGGAUGUCUUUGCAGAGCAGUCGUAAUCUCUCUGCUGUUGUUGGUCGACCUGCGAUUGUAGCUUGUUUACAGCCGCGGGUAGACUCUACAAAAGGGAGAGCGAUGGAGAUGCAGCACAAUGUAGGAUACAAUGUUAUUAUGGAAGCAGCGUCAAAUUAUUCA